AGGAGCGUCUGGAGUAGGGCCUGGACCAUGUCCCAGCUGGUAGAAUGUGUCCCCAACUUCUCGGAGGGGAAGAACCAGGAGGUGAUCGACGCCAUCUCCCGAGCGGUGGUGCAGACCCCGGGCUGCGUGCUGCUGGACGUGGACGCUGGCCCCUCCACCAACCGCACCGUCUACACCUUCGUGGGGCGCCCCGAGGACGUGGUGGAGGGGGCCCUCAACGCCGCCCGGGCCGCCCACCGGCUCAUCGACAUGGGCAGGCACAGAGGGGAGCACCCUCGGAUGGGUGCCCUGGACGUGUGCCCCUUCAUCCCAGUGAGGGGCGUCACCAUGGACGAAUGCGUGCUCUGUGCUCAGGCCUUUGGCCAGCGGCUGGCAGAGGAGCUGGGCGUGCCAGUGUACCUCUACGGCGAGGCAGCACGGACGGCCAGCCGCCAGUCUCUGCCGGCCAUCCGGGCCGGGGAGUACGAGGCCCUGCCUGAGAAGCUCAAGCAGGCUGAGUGGGCGCCCGACUUCGGCCCCAGCUCCUUCGUCCCCAGCUGGGGGGCCACUGUCACGGGGGCGCGGAAGUUCCUCAUCGCGUUCAACGUCAACCUGCUCAGCACCAGGGAGCAGGCGCACCGCAUCGCCCUCGACCUCCGGGAGCAGGGCCGCGGGAAGGACCGGCCAGGACGCCUGAGAAAGGUGCAGGGCAUCGGCUGGUACCUGGAUGAGAAGAACCUGGCUCAGGUGUCUAUGAACCUCCUGGACUUUGAGGUCACAGGGCUGCACACGGUCUACGAGGAGACCUGCAGAGAAGCCCAGGGGCUGAGCCUCCCGGUGGUGGGCUCGCAGCUGGUGGGCCUGGUGCCUCUGAAGGCCCUGCUGGACGUGGCCGCCUUCUACUGCGAGAAGGAGAACCUCUUCGUCCUGGAGGAGGGGCAGCGGCUCCGGCUGGUGGUGAACCGGCUGGGCCUGGAUUCCCUGUCCCCCUUCAACCCCAAGGAGCGGAUCAUCGAGUACCUGGUCCCCGAGGCCGGCCCAGAGCACAGCCUGGUCGACCAGCCCCUGCGCACCUUCGUCCGUGAGGUGGGCGCCCGCUCGGCAGCCCCAGGGGGCGGUUCCGUGGCCGCAGCCAGUGCAGCCAUGGGCGCCGCGCUGGCCUCCAUGGCCGGCCUGAUGACCUACGGGCGGCGCCAGUUCGAACACCUGGACGCGACCGUGCGGCGCCUGAUCCCGCCCUUCCAUGCGGCCUGGGCUGAGCUGACCACGAUGGUGGACGCCGACGCCCGGGCCUUCGAGGCCUACCUGAAAGCAACGAAGCUGCCCAAGAACACACCUGAGGACAAGGACAGACGCGCGGCUGCCCUGCAGGAGGGGCUGAAGCGGGCGGUGGCCGUGCCCCUGGCGCUGGCGGAGAUGGUGACCUCGCUGUGGCCGGCGCUGCAGGAGCUGGCCCUGUGCGUGAACCUGGCCUGCCGGUCGGACCUGCAGGUGGCAGUGAAGGCCCUGGAGACGGGUGUGUUUGGUGCGUAUUUCAAUGUGCUCAUCAACCUGAAGGAUGUCACCGAUGACGCGUUUAAGGACCAGGUGGGCAGGGCGCAUCUCCGGCCUCCUGCAGGAAGCCAAGACCCAGGCGGCACUGGUGCUGGACCAGCUGGAGGCCCGGCAGGAGUGACGGCCGGGCGGGGAACCUCACUGGACUCCGCUUCCCCCUGAGGCCACUCCAGACACAUCCCAUGGGGCCCAGAGAGGGGAGGGUGUGGGGGGCAGGUGUGUCUGGGGUUCGUGGUGUCACCUUCCGUCACCUGGAGCCUCCAGUAAAGUG